UUUCUACAAAGUCUAUAACAAUGUCUGCCCCUAAAGGACCUUUCCGCCUUGUCACUGUCAACACUGCUCCCGAGAGAGCCAAGCUGCUUAUCGGCCGGAUGGUCGAGGCUCUCAAGGACCGUUAUACCAUCAUCUACGAAGCUAACUGCGAAACAAUCGAGGAAGUCGGACCCAAAGUGAGGGAAUUUAUGCCUGAUGUUCUGUUCAGUGCUUCUAUGUGGACCGAUGAGGAGGCGCAACUAAUUCAGUCCAUUGCGAGGGAUAUUAAACCUGACAUUAAGACCCACGCCAUCCCCGAAGGAUUACAAGUAAAGUACGGUCCUGACGCUAUCGUUAACCAUCUCCUCGAGAAGGUCCCACUUCUUUUGGAUGCUUAAGGCGGGAGUUUGGGGCUUGGAAGGGCUAUGUUUUGCUGGAGCCAAUGAUUUUCACUCUGUAUAUAUACUUGCAUUGUGACGAUGUGAUAUGAUAAACGCAUAAAAAAAUUGUUAUAAUCCAACAAUAGAUUUCUAGAACGCCUAUAUCAUUGCUUGUCCUGACCUAUAUAUGUCCAGAAAGCUCCUAUAUUGUUCCUCAGAUUUCCUUUUGGUGCUCGGAAAGCAAACUUUC